AUGAAAAUCGCAACCUUUUCUUCGUUUCUGUUCCUCUGUGCUGCGUCUGGAAAUGGUUAUCGGCUCGAGUCAAAUGCAGGGGCCAGCAGCAGCGCGCCUCUGCCUGUUUUAGACACAGGGGAAGACGGGGUGCCGUGGAGUCCUCCAGAUGGGCGUACAGCCGAAGCUCCUGGGGAAAACGACAAGCCCAGCGACGCACCACUCCCACAAACAUCUUUUGCAGAGGAUGGCGGGACCGCUGUGGUUUCCGGCGCAGCCGACUCGGGGGCUGGCACAGCAGAUGUGCAGCAAACGCCAAGCAAGCAGCCGAAGCAGAUAAGGAAAGGCGCAGCUCAUGUUCCUGAAAUGCAAGAGCUCGCCAGCGUCGUGAAGAUAUUCGUUGACACCGUCGCAGCAGACUUCGUUUCGCCGUGGCAGAUGAUGGCUCCGAAGGAGCACAGCGGAUCAGGGUUUGUAGUGGAAGGCCAAAUGAUUAUGACGAACGCACACGUUGUAGCCAACCAAACGCGCGUGCUGGUGCGAAGGCAUGGAAAUCCAAAGCGUUUCCUUGCAAAGGUUAUUGCUGUUUGCCACGAAUGCGACUUGGCGUUGGUAACGGUCGAUGAUGAGGAUUUCUGGCGCGGGCUGAAACCAUUGCCUUUCGGAGGAGUUCCACACCUGCGGGAAACUGUUGUUGUGCUCGGAUAUCCCACGGGGGGAGACCAGUUGAGUAUUACGGAAGGCGUGGUCAGCCGGGUGGGGGUUUCUACGUAUGCACAUUCUUACCUUGGGCUUCUUACAGUGCAGAUAGAUGCCCCUAUAAACCCAGGAAACUCGGGUGGUCCGGCAAUAUCAGAGGGAAAGGUGGUGGGAGUUGCAUUUCAAGGAUUCAGCGAAAUGCAGAAUGUUGGGUACAUAGUUCCAUUUCCGGUGAUUCGGCACUUUUUAAAUGAUAUUGCGCUGCAUAAAAGGCACACCGGCAUCGUCUCCAUGGGGAUAAAAGCUCAAACUAUGGAAAAUGAAGCUCUGAAACAGUUUAAAGGCAUGCACACUUUGCCUCCUGAAGCGCUGCCUGAGAACGUGACGGCCUCUGGCGUGUUGGUUGUGGCUGUAGACAAGUUGCGUUCGCACAUGUACAUGCAGGGGAAGAUAGCGCUUCCUAUUUCACGAUAUGAUAAGCUGGAGGAAACAGGGGGGAGUUGCGAGCAUGAAGCCGCUUCAACUCCACCGUCUUCUGCUCCUCCGGGAGAUGCAGACGACGACAGCGCGCAGCAGCGAGACGUUAAGGAGGUCCCUGCGCGAGUCAUUUGGCAACCCGAAAACUGGAAACCCAGCCAGCCCCAAUCUGCAUGCACCCGUUGCAGCAGGCAGCAAUCAGCUCAGAACCCGGACAGAGGAACCAGUGGCAUCUCCGAAGAAAAAAGGAAAUCUGAUCUCCCUGCUGCAUCUGUAUCUGCUGGUGUAGCGACGGAGAAGCACAGAAACCACAAGGAAAGCCCCGCCAAAGGCAGCGAAACUUCUACUGGAGAUGAAGAGGAGGAAGAUGCACCAGCAGCAGAAGAUAUAUAUGGUAACACAGAAAAACAUAUGGAGGAGGAGAAAGGGGAAAAAGUAUCAAGCGAAGAACAAGAAGAAAGAAGAGAUGCAGAAGCCAAAGUAGAUUCAGCUAAGAACCCUGGUACAAGUGCAUCCGAUGCAACAGCAGCAGCAGCAGCAACAGCAGCAGCAAAAGAAGCAGCAGCAGCAACAGAAACAGCAAACGAAGCAACAGAAACACCAGCAAAAGAAACAACAACAGAUGAUGAUGAUUCUCUACCCCCAAGAGAGAAACUUGAAUCACUGCUGCGGAAAGCGCUAGGGGGCCGAAGCACACUGAGACAAAUAAGGAGCCUCUUGCGCUCUCAUGACGAUGAAACAAAUGAAGAUGAAUCUACUAAAUUAAACAAUAAAAAUUUGAAUAAGAAUAUUCAUAAACUUGAACAAAAAACACAACAACACUCGCCCACAACCAGCGAAAGCAAACCACCAUCAGCUUCUUCUCCUGAGACGGAACAGCACCAGCAGCAGCAGCAACAGCAGCAACAGCAACAGCAGCAGCAGAAACGGCAACCGAAAGAUAAAAAUGAAGGAGAAAAGAAAGAAAACAGAAAUAGAAGCGAAAACACUCAACUGAAAGCUGAGGAGGGGGAGGGGUCAAAGGGAUGCUGCAACGCGGCGCAUAGAUCAACGAGAGAAGAAGAAAAGGCAGAAAAAGAAGAAAAAGAAACAAAUAAAAAAGAAGAAAUUGAUGAAAAAGAUAUUACACUCGCGGCACCCGUGCGUACACUUGUAGAUAACCCAUACUUUGAUCCUCGUCUUCUGGAGGAAGAAGAAUUUCUAGGGUUUAGAGAAGGCGACGUCAUUCUCUCUAUUGGCAAAUACAGUAAACCCUAA